AUGGAAGCUCCCAGCACAAGAAAAAUUGCUUUGGACUUGACCCCUUUAGAAGCGUCACGACUGAAGGAGGAGGAAGCCGACGCUCGAAUAGCAGCCCGCGAUCUAGAUGGAGCACUACAAUGCCUAGCCAAAGCCAUAUUCCUAAGACCAGAGCACGCACAGCUUUAUGCCAAACGCGCACAAGUGUACUGGGAACUAUGUGACAUCAAAUCAGCGAUUGCAAACUACCGGAAGCUGUUCGCUGUAAAUCCAGACCCACCGCAGCGCAUCAAAGACCAACUUGCGGCAUUGCUGGACCUUCAUGCGUACUCGUUGCUCUGCCUGGGGGAGUCGCCUAAUAUUGUUCUUGGCUACCUUAACGAGGCCAUUCAGCUGAACGCACUCGAUGAAGUCUACUGGUUGCAUCGAGCGGUGGCGAACAUCGAGGCUGGUUGCUUUGAGAAAGCUGUACUGGACGUCGACCACUGUAUUUGCCUCAACAGCCGUGACGUCGAAUACUUCGUGCUGCGCGCUAAAUUGCACUGGCGACUGCACAUGCAAGAGAAAGCGAACGCCGACAUUUACAAGGCAGCUCUUUUGCAACCCGAUCACCCAGAGGUACUUGGACACGAACAGCGAUUGCUGAAAGAAUCUCAAGCUAUCUACGAACAGGCUCGCACACAGUUGAUGGCUCAUCAGUUUGAAGAUGCCAUCCAAAACCUUUCCAGAGCGACAGAAAUUACGCCCGAAGAGACAAAGCUCUAUCUGUUACGUGCAUCUGCCUUCCGUGAGCUUGGAGAGUAUCACAUGGCGUUGCGAGAUACCGAGAAAGCUUUAAGCUGCCAUCAGCACAAAAGAGACACCGUGCAGUCUGAGCAAAAUUUACAAGACAACAAUUAUAAUAAACCAGCACACGUACCAGCUCUGCGGCUCAACGCAGAACGAGACACCUCAUCACAAUAUCGUGAUAUUAUCAAACAACGGAGCCUUAUUCUCACUGACAUUGGGAUCCGUUUCCUGCAUCAAAAGUCGUAUCAGCUUGCAGUAAACGCGAUGAACCAAGCGAUUCGCAGUCACACGGAGCUCACAGAGCUCUUCCGCGAGCAGUUUACUAGCCCACACUGCUUUCUUCAUCGCGGUGAUGCAUACCGCGGACUCGGAAACUUCCAAGCGGUGCGUGCUUUGGCAGAUUACCACCACGCACUAGAGCUGCUUCCAGGAGACCAACACAUUCAAUCGCGCGUCGCACUGGUGCACUACCAAUUUGGCGUGGAGCUGUUCAACAGAGCUCAAUUCGACAAAGCGGAGCUGGAAUUUACACAAGCUAUCGAGCAGGACUCGAAUGUAUCAUACUACUACGUGAGAAGAGGCGAUGCUGCAAGAUAUCUUGAUAAGCACCAAACUGCAUGCGAAGACUACCAAAAAGCACUGCGACUCAACCCAAGUGACACAGAAACUCUGACAAAACUUCAGCAGUACAAUCAGCGCCGCUCCCAAGGCAAUGUGGACAAUGCUCGAAAGUCGUACAAGAAGACGAAUCAACGUGUGCAAGAUCUGUUCCGCAAUCGUCCGGUGGUGCCUCCACCAAGCAUGAAUACACUCAAGUGA